AUGCCACCAAAGAAACAACAAAAAGACGAUACAGCAACCUUAUCUAAAGCUGAAGAAGAAGAAAUGAGUUCAGCCCUCAUUGCAAAAUUAUUGGCUCAAGACGCAAUGCAUGAUGGUGGUAGUGAUUACUAUGCAGAAUACAGUAACGACUCGCGACACUAUGACCGUUACCGUGGAAGUAGUCAUGACCUUGAUGAUAGCUACGAAGAAGAUGAUAGUGAUGAUUAUGCACCAAAGCGAUAUGGAAAAUCAAAGAAGACCAAGGCUAAGAAAGCAGAACCACAACAGCGAGGAAGGAAACGAAAGAAUGCAGCUAUCGAUAAUGAUAAUGCUUCAAAUGUUCCAUCAGACAUUAAAGCAGCUACACCAAAUGUUGAUGGUUCUCAACCUUCUGAAGUCAACGACGCGCCAAAACUUUCACGACAUAUGGGUACUCGUGAUCCUCACUCUAUUCGAAGUCAUGCUCAAAAACAUUUCAUCAAACUGUACCGGGACAAUCUACCUUUACCAGAUAAGGUAAAAGAAAGUGGCGAAGGGUUCACAUUGUCUGGUAAACCUUUGGAUCCUGAUUCAGCUGCUGCCAAACCAUAUUUGAAUCGCAUGGCUAUGGGAACGAAAUCAACUCCAACUGAUGUUGCACCUAAACGUACAGAACCAAUUGUUACUGAACCUAUCGCUGAUGAACCUAUGCAAAAAUCAACCAAGUCAAAAUCUCGCAGUAAUUCACCUUCUCCUGAUACAAUCUAUGAAGAUAAUGGACGUACCAAUUAUGCAUCUUCCAGACUUCGACGACCAAGAAGCAGAAAUUCAAUAAAUUAUAAUCAACUAGGCAAGGAUGAUGAUCCUCUUACCAUGGUGAAAUGUGAACCUUUUAUUGGCAAACCAGGCUCGAACAUUCAAGGUUCUCAACCAUUUGAAAUGUCUGUCCAUUCAAAUGUAUUGCUGACAAUGGAUUUUCAUGCACACUUGAUGACAACGGAAAUUAUCGGUUUUUUAGCUGGCGAGUGGGAUAAGACAACGAGACGCAUUCUGGUCAAGGAAGCUUAUCCAUGUCGAUCUCUUAAUACUGGUCAAAAUGAUGUGAAUGUGGAAAUGGAUCCUACAAGUGCACUUGAGACUCGACAAUUGAUUGAAGACAAAAAUAUGACGGUAGUGGGCUGGUAUCAUUCUCAUCCAACCUUUAUUCCUGAUCCAAGUUUGGUGGAUAUUGAAAACCAAUGCAAUUAUCAAAGACUCUGCCGAGAUGAAUUAUUAGAACCAUUUGUGGGCGCUAUCGUUGGUCCUUAUGAUCCUCGACUUCCUGCCUCUGCAUCUGUUAUCAAUUGGUUUCAUGUGGGUAGCGAUUGGAAUGCACAAAGGGUACCAAAAAGACUGGUGUAUGAUCUCCUAGAAGACCAAGAGCUUUCUGUGGAUGAAGAAAAACGCUUGUUACAAUUGCCUAUUGAAUACAAGUCAUCCCCUGAAAAGGUUAUUUUUGGUGAAUAUUGGCGACAGGAUAUUCAUGAAACGAAGCUGGAAAAAUUGAUUAAAAGUUUGGGAACACGAAUGCCUUGGAUACAACAAAAAGUACGACAACUACAACAACAGCAGCAACAACAAGAGGAUGUCAUGGCGAAAUUAUCAAGCACGGUGGAUGAUAUCAAGAUGGUGGACGACCAAAAUGAAAAUGAGAUCAACAACGAAGAUGUGACAAUGGAAGGACAAGAGCAAAUAGUUAAGAACAAUAAUAAUCUUGAUGGCAACGGUACUAUCGACACAUUUUUACAAAAGAUUCAAAUGAUUUUGAAGGAUUGGUAA